GUUAAGUGUGUAUUGAUUCAUGACGAAGAGUUAAGCUUCUUCUGAUGGCAUCAUUACCCCAACCUGGGAGCAUGCGUUGGUUUGCACCACGGAGAGCCUCCCCCAGGUUCCAACUUCGUGUGUCGGGUGGACCCCGCGUGUUGCGGACUUUUGACUCGACCCGACUGUCGCGUUGCUUGAAUCAUUGGAUGGUUGGGACCUCCCGAGAACCUCAAGGUCGCAUAUCCAGUUAAAUGAUUAGCCACUGCCGAGGAGUGGGUCGCCAGCGUGGAAGUGGCUUCAAUCUUCAUCCGAUUCGGUGGUGAAAGGUCAACCAUAAUGCCAUGCCAGACGGCAGGCCCUUUCCUCGAACCCUUGGGUUGCCGUUGGGAUUGGCCGUCCCCCUCCCUUUGGCGGCAUCUUAUUCCUAUCAUGGCAGGGUUCAGCGGAAGAUAAGCUAUAUGAUCCCUAUCAGACGCCUUCGAUUGCCAGCUAUCGAUCCAAUCGUGAGGUCAACAUUUGAACAUUACCGGGGAGGGCGCUGCAGCGUGCAGAUGCCAAGGGCCAUAGCGCCCGCCUCCAGCGCCGCCAACGCCAAGCGACGCUACCAAGGCAUGAACUGGCCAAUCCGCGGGGGGUGGAUUGCCCUUCGGUUUCGGCCGGUGUGGUUCCUCCCCAUUGAUUCAACGCCUAUCAGAACCCCCCGCGCUAGCCUGCGUCCGGCCAAGUAUGGGGGGGGUCGGUCGCGGUAUCGCCGUAUCGUAUCCGGGGACUUUUUAGCUGGGUGGCCUGCUGCAUACUACCCUCUCGGUUUCAUAACGGUUGAGCGACAUUUUUCGGACAAAAGGUGUUGUGUGUUGAUAUUCCUCUACUUAUUUUACUUAUACCUGUCUAGAGCCAUGCCACCCUGCCAAUGGGUUGACUGUCAGUCACAUUGUGAUUUGUGAUGGUUCUUUCUAGCCAUUCCCUAGAGAAACUCCGGCUGGUACGGAUCCAUACAACUGCAUAUAUCGCAGAGUGCAUGCAUGUAAGAAAGAGA